AAAGGCACGAAGUGCGGCAAGCUGUGUGAGAGCUUCCCGUUUUGGCUCCGGCGCCCUGAUCUUGCUUGACCGCAACCUUUCAUCGUCUCCAGCUGCAAUCCUCUUCGCCUGCGCUUCUGAAAAUGCAGGCUUUCAGACGGGCCAUCCCCGGCCUGCGUAGAGUGCAUCGCUCGUAUGCAACCGUGUCCGCAGAGUACAAGACGACUAACUCGAAUCUACGGAUCAAUGCGGAUACAAAAGUCAUCUUCCAAGGUUUUACAGGCAAGCAGGGCACCUUUCAUGCCCAGCAAGCCAUUGAAUACGGAACCAAGGUGGUUGGAGGCGUCAACCCGAAGAAGGCAGGACAGCAACAUCUAGGCCUCCCAGUCUUCGCCAAUGUCGCGGACGCGGUCAAGGAGACUGGCGCUGAUGCUUCUGCCAUUUUCGUACCGCCACCUCUCGCAGCCGCCGGUAUUGAAGAAGCUAUCAGUGCCGAGAUCCCUCUCGUCGUUUGUAUCACCGAAGGCAUCCCCCAACAUGACAUGGUUCGCAUAACGGAUAUGUUGAAGACGCAAUCCAAGACUCGCCUCGUGGGCCCCAACUGCCCAGGUAUCAUUGCUCCAGGUCAAUGCAAGAUUGGCAUCAUGCCAGGCUUUAUCCACAAGCGCGGUCGCAUCGGCAUUGUAUCUCGCUCAGGAACUCUGACCUACGAGGCCGUUAAUCAAACCACACAGGCUGGACUUGGGCAGAGUCUGGUUGUUGGAAUUGGAGGCGAUCCCUUCAGCGGCACCAAUUUCAUCGAUUGCUUGGAUGUCUUCGUAAAGGAUCCUGAGACGGAUGGCAUCAUAAUGAUUGGUGAAAUUGGAGGUUCUGCUGAAGAGGAUGCGGCGGAAUGGCUGAAAGAGAACAACACUGGCAAGCCCGUUGUCAGCUUUAUCGCAGGUAUCUCCGCUCCACCAGGCAGGAGAAUGGGUCACGCAGGUGCUAUCAUCUCGGGCGGUAAAGGUGGUGCCGAAUCCAAGAUCGAGGCUCUUACUGCGGCUGGUGUCAUUGUCGAACGUAGUCCUGCUGCUUUGGGCAAAGCUCUACACGCCGAAUUUGUCAAGAGAGAUAUGAUAUAAUUUCUCAGGAGCUUGUUGCGCAGAAUUGAGAACGGGUUAGACAAGCGCAAAGCAGUGACGUUAUCCAUAGGACGAGAUCGUUGUAUGUACGAGUGGAUGCGUGUUUUUGUGUAUGUUUAAGUAUAUUCCUUCGUGGCAUUAACCCUGAAGGCCGUGAAUAGCAUGCGAAUACGGAAAUCACCCAUUUGGGGCCAUGUCCGUCCAGUACAUGAGUGUUCUUCGCAGAAGCUGCAAACUACCACAUAUGCUGUUUCUUUUGGCCGUGAUUCUACAUCUGAUCAUCGUCUAGGAAUUGGCAAAUCACAGCUACAUCUUACUGUCAAAAGCUGUGUUAAGGUAGCACAGCUCUGCUGAGAGCAAAAAUGUUCCACUAGUCCACCCA